GGGAUUUUGUAGUUCACUGGGCUCCGGAUUAUAAAUGUCCAGCAGAAAAUGUUUUGGAUAGUAUUAAAAAGCUUAAAAAGUAUGAAGUUAAUAAAAAAUACACAUUCACUCUUACAUAUUCUCCUUCCUACGGAGUUGCUAAUAGAUCAAUCAGAGGAUCAGAUUCUUCUUUAAAAAUCACAUAUCUUAUUUUUAAAUUAAUCGCUUUAAAGAAAACUUCUUGCAAUCAGCUAUUCUAA